UGCGGUGAGUGUGCAUAAUUUUUAAUUCACAGAAUUCCUUUCACAUAGAAAACGCAAGUGAUACCAGUUCUUUCUUUUUCGCGGUGUAAUUCACGCCACAUUCUACAGAAAUUGUGUAGAGCAGAUGUACUCCUUGCUUAUUUUUUUUUACUCGGCUUAUAUAUUUAAACAGCGAAAGUUCAAAGCAAUUUACUAACCGCAAUUCGGCAUGCAAUCAAGGAUUCAGCCGGGACGAAUACGGGGUAGCCUGCUAUUUGUUACCCGUGUCAAACUUUCGACGCAACCUCGAAAACUUUCGCCCAUUAAAAUCACUACAGCGCCUGGCAGCUUUCCACAGGCUUUUUCAUGCAAGUAAGAAGCGUUUUCCAACCACAAAACAGGCGAAGUGAUGUCACUACAGCAGGCCGUAUAUCAGAAACUUGACUUGCUCGGCUCCCAGAAACCCUCAUACGUGUAGCAACAAGCGACCGCAAGCCAAACACGCCUUUGACAUUUGUGCGCGCAGUACUGCAUCGGCGGUUGGAUACCCCUGCUCCCGAGAUGUUGGAGUUAUAGAACACGUUACCGGUCCGAUGGUAAAGCGGAAAAAGCCUGGAUCAUGCUCUGCACAAGAAGAAAAGCGCCCCGAAGACUCAUCAACGGAGGCUGGGAAGGAAGCCGGAGAUGCAUCGGCUCCUAACCGCGCCGAAGUCCAGCCUGCUGCUGUUCAGCAGCUCGCUCGCACUCGUUCCCAGAACGCCCCACGUCUCGGCUCGCCCAGCGGACUGAACAGUGCAGCGGCUGGUGACGAUGGUGUGUCCGAGAAACAAGAGGCGAAAAGUGCAGUGCCUGUGCAGCGUUCAAGCUUGCGCGUUACGAAGCGACCGCGCAAAGACGCCAGCCCGCCGCCCAGUUCGUCCAACCCGCCCGCCACCAGUGCGGCUGCAAACAAGAAAUCCACUGUGUCAAAGCAAGGUGGAGCCGAUGCUGGCAAGACACGCCGCCCGUGGGAGCUGUGGAGUAUCGAGGACAAGAAUGCCUUCUUUGAAGCUGUUUGUGAGUUUGGGAAAGAUUUUGAGAGUAUUCAGUCAUAUAUCGCUCAGCGGAGCAAGAAGAAAGGUGUGCCCGCGCACUGCAUCAAGAACAAGGAUCAAGUACGACACUUCUACUACAGGACAUGGCACAAAAUAGCGAAGGUCAUGGAUAUUGGAGAAGGCCGUGAAGAUGUGAAGAAACAGACACAGGAACUCUAUGGGCUCAUCAACUAUGCUGAACUGCGGAAAAAAUACAGCGCAUGUAUUAAUCAGAAAAGUGGACAGCUUCUCACUGAAUUAGUUUUGACUGGUUCAACCAUGGUGAAAAUUCGGGGCAAACGGAUUCGCAUCAAGACUCCGGUGUGCCGAGCUCUCAAGAAAAUCAACAAUGUUGAUACGAAGGAUGAGCCACCCAAGCUUCCAGCUGAUGUGUGGGUGGAGUUCCGGCCUCGCACCAAUGCCGCUUGGGUGCAGGUACAGUCUCUGGCUCAGAAUCCUCGGGUACGCACAAAGACCAGCCUACAGCGCCGGCUCUCCAACGUGCUCGAGCAUUUGCAGGCGCGGUGGAAACCGCUCCGCCUACGGCAGAAGGAACAGGCAGUAGCCAGCCUGGCAGGCACAGACUGCAAGGCCCUGGCCUCGAUGGAGCCCGAGGUGGCACAGGAGCUGCGAGUCUGGCCCAGCACCCCCAUCUCGCCCGUCAGCAUCUCAGCCAUGGCCUCAAGCUUGGAUGUGUCCUUCCAGUGCCACCGUAAGAAGGCUGCCACCAUGGCGGAAGGGCUCAAGUCACGCCCCACAAGGCCAACCAAGCAGUCACGAGCCGUUAAGGCGGCAGCGUCCCAGGCCGCCACAACCACCGCAACUUCCUCCACAACGACUGGAAAUGCAGCGCAAGAUUCGACGACAGAUGCUGUUGCAUCUGUUGAGCCUGCUCAGCAAAACAGCAGUAGCAGUGGCGGUGAGACGGCAUCACAAGGCAGCAGUGUUCCGUCCUCCCCACCACUACCUGCGGGACAGGUGGAGGAAAAUCCCGAGGACGAGGCCGCGAAGUCGUUGACCCUGCUGCGCAGCAUGCUGGAGCCUGAUCCACCAGUGACAACGGCAAGCACCGUUCCGGGGACUCAGUGUUCAGCUACCUCAAAUUCAUGCCUCACCUCUUCACCACCGGUGACCCCAACCCCAAUGCCAGCUGCCAUUGAGUGUGUCCAGAACAUCUUGGCAGACGGCAGUGCGGUGGCGAGGGGCCUGACGCUGGGGCAGCUGCUGGGCAAGGCUGCCGAGGAGGCUCGUCAAGGCGGCGAGGAUGAGGAGGACGAAGGAGGAGAGGCUAGGAGAAAGAAGAAGCGAGAGGAAGAAGAGCAAGAGGAGAAGAGAAGUCAGCAGGAGCAGCAGGAAGAGGCCAAGAGGAAGGAAGAGGAAGAGCAUGCCCGUGAGCGUAGCACUAAAGGAUGGACGGCCCAGGAGGCUGGGCUAAUGACCAUUGGCGAGCUCUAUCUCAUGAUGGGGUGCCCAAGCAAGAUAAUUCUUCAUUAUGAUUUUUGUCCUGUGGAGCAAAAGGUUGACAGGAAGUCCAAGAUCAGCCUUGAGUGCACAACGAUGUUGAAAAAAUUGCUCAGCCUUGCAACUGUCAUGUUUGCCGAGAAGACCAAGCAGGGUCCACUGUCGCCUCCUGCGGGCAGAUGUGGCAGCAGCACUGGAACAGGAGGAGGGCGGGGCACUGCUGUUAGCGGCACGCCCCCUUCAGGUAAAAGUGGCACUGGCGGUGGGUCCAGCGGAACACGUGCCAGUGCUGGAGGCACCCCACCCUCGGGCAAGAGUGCGGCAAGUCGCGCCCUUGGCCGUAGCCCGUCAACAAGGACAGCCCAGCGGCCCACGUUGCAGCAGGUACAGCAGGCGCAGGUGCUGGAAAACGCAGCCGAUGGGUCGGCAGCCACUACAGCCUCUGGCACUGACCAGCACGUAUUCGUGGUCCCCAUGGGCAUGGCACCGCGAGCUCACAAGCAGGCGGGGGUACCGGGCAUGCCCACAAACAUCACGCAUCAGGAGCAGCUGGAUCGACUGAUUCCAGGACACAGGCGAGGCAUGCGCCUGCGGGCGGUGCGCAAGCCCUUGGUGGUCCAGCGGCCCCUGCUACCCCGUGCCGACAGGCGUCCUGUCACACUGGUCCAGCUGCUGCCCUCGACCCAAGCCACGCUGGCUGCUGUGGUGCAGCCCUUGGCAUCAGAUCCCCUGCCCCAAGGCAAGGGGAUUGUCAAGCUCAUCCACCCAGCAGCCGCCACGAGCAUUGCAGGGGCUACAUUCGACAUGCAGCCCGUGCAGGUGCCACUGAUCGAUGCCAGCAGCGUGGCCAUGUCAGUCUCGUCGUCAGGGCAUUCCAUCACCACCAGCAGCCCUGCUGUCGCGGAGGCCACCAGCACAUCCACUGUGCUGGUGGCCUCACAACAAGCUCACACAGUGGCUGUCGUCCAAAGCACGCCACAGGCAACAAACAUUGUGGUGGAUGAAACGCCUGUCCUUGCUCUGGCAGAAAGCACCGAAGCAGUGCAGACCCUUGCUGCAGAUACAUUGGACGUUGCAGCUGCUACUGCUGCUGCAGCUGCUUCACCUGUCAGAGUCCAGCCCCUUUCACCACCAAACAUUUCAUCUCUACUUGACAUUUCCUUACCUGAAAGUCUUCCAUCAGAAGGCACGGCUGCACAGAUCUUGGAUGAUGCUGCCACUCUACCAAACUUGGGCGCUACACUCUCGGGUCUCUCAGCCCUCGACACAGACGGUCCUGCAAUUGAGGCUAGCAAUCCUCUGCCAAGCUUUACUGCUGUCUCAGACUCAAAUCUUGCCUCUGCCUUCAAGCUGGCCUGCGAAGAAGCGUCUGUCACUCCUGUAGAGAAAACUGCCAUCACCGACAAGACAGACGGCUUGACAACACCACCCAUGAGUCCAUUCAAGCUUGUUCAUUCAGCUCCGGAUUCCAAUUGGCUGAAUGGAGAGGGCUCAAAUUUUUCACUGAGUUCCCUGCUGAACACACUGGACUCACCACUCAAGGUGACCCAAGUAGGAGCACCGUCAGUGGCACCCGAACCCCCUGUUCUAGCCUUGGAGAACUCGAGCCUAGACUCUAUCUCAAGGCUGGCACCUGAUGUCGACACCCAGCUGCAGUGCCUCAUGAACGAGAACAGCGUAGACUAUGUCGCAAAGUUUGCUGACCUCGCUGCGCAGAUUGCCUCAUCCAAUUCAGAGAGCAAAUCCACGUAGAGACUUGGAUGUCAUUUUCUGGCUCACUCAUUGUACAUAGUUGUGUACCAUAGAACUGUUGGAAACCAUUAUUUAUUGCACUUUGUAGUGUUCACUCUGCUCCGGGUGUAAAUAGGACCAUAAGACUUGUACUGUUAACUGUGGAACGCAAUGCCACUGUGUGGCACGAACACUUUGGGUGCAUUACAGGAAGCCCGGAAGUUUUGCUACUCUGUCUUUCUGCCCCUUCUUUUCUUUUCUUUCUUUUUCUUGUUGCAAGUGUCCAAAGUGUGACAAAGAGUAUCAUAGCAGCGUGCAGUGGACGUUGAUGUUCUGUCACCAGCCUUAUACAGUGUUUGGCGCAUGCUGAAACGAUUGCGUGUAAAAGUCCAGCAUUGCAAGGCACCAGCUCUCCCGUGUGUUGAAACUAUCACGUGUGUAUUCUCAGCAGUCAUUGAACAAUGCUAUCAAGCUUAUUGAGACAAAUCUGGGUUUAUCAGAAGUCACAGCCUAUUCCAGGCGCAAGAUAAUUGGGAGUGUUUUAGCAUAGCAUGCCACGUGACCCACUGCCUUUUGGAGUUGCGUGGGCACUUGUUUUUUUUUUUUUUUUCAUGCACAUGCAGCUGUUCUGGGAGCUCACCAAGCAGAAUGCAAGCCAAUUACAUACUUUGUUACUUUCUCUCCAGCAGCUCGUGGCGUAGAUAAUAUAGUCAAACCUUGCUGUAAUCAUUUGCAUCCGACAACAAAAUAUUUUCAUUAUAUCUGAUAUCUAUUAUAAGGUCAUAUAUAUUUGUUACAUGCAGUUAUUGGAGAUAUUUAAGAUUUACUUCAUUAAAUAUCAUUGGUUACAUCUGCUGCAGUUGACUUCCGUUUAUUCGACAAUGACAGGACCUACGAAAUUGAUCGAAUUAUCCGGCAGGUUGAUUUGAACAAGAGCCACAAAAAACACAGAUACACACUGCUGAUUCAUUUGGCAAUAUUUUCCAAAUUCUAACACGAAGGAGCAAUGAUAUAUGAAGGAGAACCCACUUUUAUGUGUUCAAAGCAGGAAAAUAACAUAAAUACUAUGUUAAAGCUCUAUGUUAAAGCUCCUAAACAAAGUAGAAAUGUAACGCACACCCAAUAGUUUAGCAACUAAAAUGUAGCGUGCCUCUAGUUCUGCAAAUGACAAAAGCCUGAAACCAGCAAAGUUUGCCUUUGCAGAUUAGAAAUUUAUUUAGACCUAGGUAACAUCUAUUGUCAUCGUCAAGCGUUAGAAUUGAAAUAACAAAAAAAUCUAAUUAAGUGAAUUUGAAUUAACGGAAGCCGGAGUUAAGCUGAAUGUUUUAUGCCUCUCAGCUCAGUGAACAAGGCUUCCAUGUGGAAGUUGAAAUGUUUAAGAAUUUUUAGACAACCCCAUUUUGUUCGACAUUCUGUUUUUCUUCAACUUAUGGCGUUGCUGUUCUGAUUCUCAUGUAGCUGGUUUCAGGGUGUAUGAGUUUCAGCACUGUUCGUUUCUCACCAGUGCAAAUGGACCUCAACAUAUUCAAAGCCAGCAUUCUAUGACCCUUGAGAUUACACUUGUGACUAAAGUAUUGCAAUAUGGAGGUGGUUAACUGCUGUUUUAACUGAAGUCAUUGAUUUAGUUGAAGAGGUAAAGUGAAGUACAAAACCUUUGCUGCAGCUCUUUUGAUAGGCAAAGUGUACAGACUGCAUUCUAAAGGGUUCUGCCUUUUAUGUUGUGUAUUUCGAUUCACUCUGUUGCAUUUACUGGAAACUUUAUCUCGUGAGGUGGCACAAAGGUAGCAUGUGAAUGGGAGAUGCUACAAUGCACCUCUCAACUUUAGGCUCUCUACUCUGGAUGUGAAAGCUUGCUCAUUUUGUGACAUCAGUAUCCUGUGGGUCUCUCAGGCACAUAAACAGGGGCUUUGGAAAGUAAAAACUCAUUUAACGCCCCCGUCUGCUUAGGUCACUCAGCAGUGGUACUACAAGCUAUGCCAACUGUACCUGUAGCAUUGUAAUUUUUGCUGGCAUGUGGCGUGCCAUUAUGUCGACGAUGAGUCGGCACUCUGCGCCACAGUAAUAUGAUAUGACUGAUGUGUGCAGUAGCAUUCAGAACACCAGCUGCAAAUCUUCCACUAUCUCAGAACUCUCUGCAGUGGGUGCCAUGCAUAAUGCACUGCAUGCCAGCAUUGCCUAGUUGGUUCCUUAAAGCUGAUGUAGCAGCGGUAAAAUGCUGGUGAGUGAGACAUUGCGUAUUUGAUUCGACACCACCUUCUUGCAGCUCAAUAACUUCCAGCCUGUACGGAUGACCUAAUGCCAUCUGGAAAGUGCGGCACAUUCGAAGCAGGGCGUGAGGGAUGACUGCCACUUUCAUUUCUUGUAAAGCAUGUCCUGCUGGCAGGCGUGUUGGCCGAUGAAGCCAAAUUGCCUGACAUCUAGACCCAGAAUUUGCUGUAUUUUCGUAUGUACAAGUCACACCAAAACUUAUAAGAAACCCAAGAUAAGAAAUCUAAGAUGCAUAGAUUCCGCCUUCAUACAUUGUUUCCAGCAGUGCAGAAUGCACUGCUGUAAAGCCACAUUGUGUGCGGCCACUUUAACAAAAUUGAAUGUCGUGUGCGUUUAUUUGCGAGGCUUUCAUGAAUGAAAAUAGGCAUUAAAUAUAAGUAGUUUUGGCUUAGUGCAGUGCGCACAAUGUCGACUGCUAGUGCUGAGUGCUUCAAACACAUUGGUAUUAUAUCUGCGCCUUAAGAGCUACAAGGAACAGCAGAUGGUGCGAUGACACCUUAUCUGUGUUUCACCCUGCCAGCGUAUUUCUAAUGAUGUAUGCUCCGAGGCUGCUUAUGCUACAACACAGUAAAGUGCUGCAGAUAACAAAAGUGUUGUAAUAGUUUUCUGACAGUUGGCAGAACCACUCCAUGUUUCAUUAUGCUAAAGAGAAACAUACCAUUUGUUCUGCCUGUUUAAAAUAGAGGAGCAUAACGAUGAUUCAAACAUGACUUUCAACAAAGCGAAUGACAAGAAUGUUCAUUACAUUUUUUGUGUUCUUUAAUAGCAUUGACAGCGGAAACCUAGCAGACAUAGUAACUAAUGUGUUUUUUACAAGAAAAAGUGUAUUUGUGAGCUGUUAGCCUCUCAUGCAGUGGACUUAGUGACAUAACUGGAAAAACGAAUUUGCUAGGUUGAUGCUGUCAUGAAUAUUAUGUGGCAGUUAUGACGAGUUCAAAAAGCAGUCCAGUAUGUGCACUUGUGUCUAUCAAAUUUUAUCAAAGUAAAUAUAAACAAUAGCAUUAGUAACCUAUGAUACUUUCUAACAAUUUCAUAUCAAAAUAAUGAUGUCUCAUUGGCAUAUGAUUACAGGUUGUGGAAAUCCGAAGAGCCCUGUAUUUUUAUAAUAUUCCACUUAUCUUUUUGAUCUGUAAUUUAUAGACAGCCAUAUUGAAUUUAGUGACUAGAACAACUGGAUUGUCUUGAGCUGCAGAAGCAUUGCAAGAAGCUUCCAAAUAAAGUUGAACCAAAGUUUGUAACAGUUAUCUCAUGCAGACUGCAAGAACUUGUGUCGAUGUAAAGCUUUUGAACAACACUGAUAGCAAUAGAAGACCCAUUUAUGUUUAUUUUGCUACAUUUUAUAAUGUAAGCAAACGGCAUGCUUAAAUAGUUCUUGUUCAUUGUGUUUUAUUAAUGGGAUUAUCACUGCAAAGUGUUGCUGUACCAGAUGUGAAAUGCACGAGAGUUUAAUGAUCACUGCAUCCAGUUAUUAAAAGUGGGAAAUAUUAGGUUGAAUGACAAAUAUAUCAUCAUUGAUAAGGAUAAUGUAUGAUAAUGAUUGCUGGCGUAAAUUCAUAGCAGUAGCUCGGAAUAAAGGAGCCACGAAGAACAUUAAAGCAGCAGCAAUCCACGUUCUCAUUAAGGCACUGCUGCAUUGGGGGAAAAUUCACUGUGGUUUAACAAUUGCGACGUCAGAUUUUCCUAUGGUAAGUUUAGUGCAAGACGUAUGAUGUGUGCAUAGACUUAACAACAUUAAAGGGGCUCUGAAACACCUUUUCCUGAGACAUGAGAAACACGUUCGAAUAACUGCAGUAUCUAAGGAAUAUGCCGUAUGCUCCUGAAAGAAUUUAUUGGAGAAGACCUAAUACAAAUGAAGAAAGUAAGAGCAUAAUAAUUAAUUUCUAGACUUCUCCUCAACUCCAUCUUCUCAGCAGGGUCAAUGCUAGUAACUAUAUUGCCCAGCUAUUGUGUGCUUCAGGUUUCUUUUUUUACAGUGGAGCUUUUAGAACCAUGGUGGGUUUCUCUUGACGUUCGCAGAGUAUAAAAAUAGCAUGGUGCGUACGAAAAAUAUUCGCCGAGCUGGGGGAGAGAGAGCUUAGAGAGAGUGAAAGCAAAGUAUAAAAAUAGCAUCGCGCAGCAUAGCGACGCAGCGAGGUUGGGUGGAGCCUAGCGGGGGAGAAGGAGCGGUGCGGCGGGGACACAGGUGGUGUGACGUCACUGCUUUCCGAUAAAAACCCGCGCGCGCGCUCCGGCGGAUUUCAAGAAGCUACCAUGUACACAGCAUCGGAGCUAGCAUGCAUCAGAGCUAAGGCGCGGCGGUGCAGCGUCUGGCACAUGACACCGAUGCAUAUGGCAUCUAAACAAAUCGCUUCUGUUGCGGCGGGCGCUUCAAAUGGCGCGCCCUCCCAAUUGAAACCCCCCCACAGGAAGACUGCAUGGAUUUUUCUGAAGCCUUAACGUCCCCCAGUUCCACUGGUUUCUGGUGUUUGCGAUAGCAGAGCCAUGCAUAAUUUUUUUAUCUUUAUGUGAUUGGCUUCUGACAGAUACCUGAGCAAUGGGACAAGCGUAGAGCGUAAACAGCCAUUGCUUCCCUGUUUCCUAGUUUUCUGGCAAAUCUGGAAGUGGCCCAAUGACUGGUGUCUAUGGACUUAGGCCAACAGACAUAGUAGCUGGCAGUUCCAAAAAUGGUGGGGAGGAGCCCUCUCUUUGAAAAUAUGAAAAAUUAUCUCUAUGUGCUGUUUGUUAGCACUGUGUACCAGCUAUACCUACAAACUUGCCUAAGAUCUUCACAGCUCCAUGCUGUACUCACAGAAUGCGUUGUCGCCUAGCUCAAGGGAUAGUUAAUCUCAACUUAAACAUAAUUGAACAGUAUAUGAGAAAAAGCAAACAACGCAUAAUAAAUAAACUGCACAGUUUGAGUACUUCAUUUUGAAGUUACUGUCAUUUUAAUAAUUUGUCCUUUAACCUAAAUUUGGAGAUUGAGUGUGAACUGUACUUUUGCAAGGUAGACAAUACCAAUAUGUAGAGGUGAAAAUGGUUCUGUGGUAAUAUAUACGGUAGACUCCUUUUAACAUGAACUCGAAGGGACCAUGAAUAUUUGCUUUCAGAAGUUUGUCUUAUCAGAAGAAUAAUUGGCAGCAUGACCAGGUGCAUACAAAUAUCUUACUUCAAAACGGUAAAUGAAGUAAACUUAUAGCAAGGGAAAGAUGACAUAAAAAGACAUUUAUUUAGCUGAACUUAAUAGAAAACUGUUUUUCACUGGUACUCUUGCUUGGUUUCAUCCAGUCCUUGAUGGAUGUUUGAAGCUUCUGUGCAAAUCGGCAAGCAGCCACAAACGAUGUCAUCUCACCUAAUGACCUUAAAUAUCCUUCUGUGCCUUCGUGCUGCUCGAAAAAGUUCACUAGAGAGUUCAAGCAGGCAUCUGCCACCUCACAGUUCAUCGGUGCAGGCUCCAAGCUAGCGAAAGCAAUGCAACCUAGAGGAAAGUCUAGGUGACAUUUAGCAAAGUGGGGAAAGAGAAACGAGGCAAAGCGUCGCAGAGGAGGAAGGUAGGCGGAGGCACGCUGGGUUGACCUCUGGCAGUUGCUACAGGUUUCGUUUGCAAUACAGAUGCACUGGGUUCAUCUCGGGAUAACAUCGUCCUCCUCGCACGCCUUACGCUGUGUGUGUAAGUGAAAGCGCGUGACGGUGAGCCGACGAUGGCGGCUCAAUCUCGUGCGAGCAAAGAAGGAAGUGGGGGGGGAGUGCACCGUCUUCCGUUGUGCGCAUGGCACUGGGGAGGGGAGGGAAGGGGGUGUUGUACUUCAGCCACGCGUGGGCUUUAUCUUGAACGUGAUGUGCUUUGGGGGCACACAGUCUAGGUGCGCCAAUGGCUCGUCGCUUUGCAUCCGCUAUGUUCUCACCGCUCAGUUUGCGUUCAAGCGAUAGACAGCGCGAAGGUCACUUCGCUUGCUGCUGCUGCUGCAGUUCCUCACGCCAGCAUUUUGACACCGAGCGUCUGCGGUCAUCGAGUGUGAUGUGUUCAUGUCACCAUGCUUGUUAAUUAGUAAGUGCAUGUUUACAAGGGGUGUUCUACUUCGGCGGCUGCUGCAUAUGGCACGGCCACGCAAGCCCUGUCUUGAAUAUGAUCUGCAAUGCAGACAGUUUGGGCGUACCGAGAGCCAAUAGCUUCAUAUGCGCUAUAGCACCCGUACACUUGCGCGUCAUCCGCAUUCACAAAGUGAAAUGUCACUCUCUUUUUAUUUCCUCCUCUUUUUUCCUCUGUCUACCGGCAGUGAGCACCGCGGGCCUGCAGUAGGGUGCCCUGAUGCGCACGCAACCGGGCGCAGCGCAUCGAGGCACUUUAGCCUCCAGGAUCGGUAGCGGUGGUGGUCACUGUGAACCUUCGUCUUAACCAAAGAGCACGUCUAAGGCAGUUCGUCUUAAGCGGAUGUUUUUUUGCAUUGAGUCUAUAGAAAACCAAACAAACAUUCCGAUGUUGUUUGUUGUGUGCGAGAAUUCAGGUCAACAGAGUUCGUCUUAAUGGGAGUUCACUAUAUAAAGGCAGCAGUUUUGAAACUACUUAGGUAGCAUGCAUAAUUAUUGUGCUCACCUCUACCCUACUUUCUCUAACUCCCCCCCAUAGCUUAUGAAAUUAAUGAAAAGCAUAAAAUUUUGAAUGUUUGUACAUCAACUACCUUUCGAAAGCACAUCACCAAAGCAAUGUGCUAGAGAUUGUGGCCAUGGUGCGGCAAUGUUAGUGGUAGCACUGUCAUUAUUGAUGCCUGCAAGCUUCUGCAACCUUGUAUUUCUUUAGCGCUCUUUCAGUUUUGGGAUGUCUAGCAAACUAUUCUUUCCUAAUUCUUCAGGUUCUACAGAUUUCCACCAACCACAAACUAAGCGUUCAUGAUUGAAAGAAUAGCAAGCUCCAAAAGGCACCCCCUUAUGCUGUGAUGCCAUUAAAUUUCUGUAUUGGUACUCCAGGAGAGGAAGAAUGAGGCUAUGCACUUAAGACCAGUGGUUUCAUACCUGUGCUUUCCAGAUUUGCACUUGAUGUUUAUAGUAGAAAUGCAGUCUGUUGAGAAAGCUUGUCUGUCUGGAAUAUAUCUUUGAUGAGAAGUGGACACAGAAUAUUUGAAAUUAUUUGUGUCUCUUGUUUGUUUGCCCUGAUGUCAAUUUCCUUUUAGUAUUUUCAUGACUACUGCGAGGUACUUAAAGGCACCUAAAAUUUCACUGACAGUUCAAUGUAUUUCAGUAUGCUAGACACCACGAGGUUUUAUUUAGAGUACUGACACAUUUUUGAAGCUGUAGAACCUCUACCACAUGCUCCUCGCACAUAAAAUGAUGACAUUUAGCAAUUAUGAAGGUUGGUAAACACUUGCAAGUUAUUUUAGUUCGAUAUAAAGUUGUUUUCGUGAUACAGGACCUGGCAUCAUUGACAUUAUCGUGACGUCAUGAUGGAGCAAGAUUUUCUUACAACAUGUAACAAUAGGGCUAGGUAUGACGACAUUGCUCUUAAAAAAAGUUUCUGCAGAAACCAUCAACAAUGAUUGUGAGUGUAAUUGAAUAGCCAAAUGCUUCAAGAAAGCUAUUCGCUUUAUUAGAGGAAUGGUGCACGUGACAGCAUACAUUUGUUGCAGUGAGGAUUCUUAGGCAGCGUUUGUUGUUUCAAUGAGUAAUUCUGUAGAGAGCAGAGCUGAUAAUCAGAACGUCUUUGCCAUAGUAUGCGUAGACAGCCAUGUGCGUCUCAAAGAACUCCAACAGCUGUCAUUCGACAAUGAACGCGCCCCUUCAACUUGGUUGCACACAUGUGUGCACUCUUUGCGUCUGCGCCUUUUUAUUGCCAGUGAAGGUUUGACCACCAACCAUAGACCACAAAAACGGGCGAAAGGGGCAAAGAAAACCAUUUGCUUUAAAAUAAACAAGCGCGCUGCACGCGUUUAUUCUGGCUGCACUUGCCUGAGGCAGGUGCAAUGACCCUACCAAGGGUUGCUGAUGUUGCGGCACAUUCACUUCCUAAGUAUUGAAUACAAAACUGGUUCGUGGAAACAAGCAUUAUAAUAAAUUAGGGAUCUCCGAUGAAUGCAAUAUUUUUUCUGGGUUUUAAAAGGCUCAGAUCUUCAUUUAAUGCACAAAAAAAAGCCAAGUUGACUAUGUCAUGUCAGUACACCUUUAAAUAGUGAAGACUGUUUCAGUGUAAACGUGUUUUUCAUAAAAACCACACUACAAGGUGCUCCUUGUUUUCCUACAGAACAUUGCGAGCAAUUUUUCACUGUGCCUAAUGAAUUGAGCAUGUGAUUUCAAUACAUUUGCCAACAGAUAAACAGGUCACUUCUGUACUCGUAUGCCACCAAUUGCUGAUCUACUUUACUCAAAAUAAGUUUUCUGGUGUGCUAUAUGUUUUUUAAUUUGCUUUUCUGUGGCUGUUACUACAUUGUUGAAAACACAGAAAAAGGUAACAUAGUUUAGCGGUGUUGCCAGCAAAAAUUGCUUUCAUUGUUCUGUUUGAUUUGGCCUCUGUGUGUAAACAGUGCUUUGAUAUUUCAUGCCAAGUCUUCCAGUGAGCAGCUUCAUCAAGUUCUGUUAUGCAGCCUUUGUGCCUUCUUCUUUCUUUAUCUCCUCUGUUGUACAUUGUUUGCAUAUUUAUUGUCACGAAAAUCACUGUAUGCCAUGUACAUAUGCAUGUUGGAAAGGAUAUGUAGGAAUGUUUAGCAAGCAUCCACGCACAGGUAGAGCACUUGUCAUUUUAAGCGCAGUCAUCUUAGAAAGUCACUGAUCAUGAAACAGCUAGAAUCAAUGCUUCCAUGUUACUGUGUCAGUUGCUAUAUAAACUGGAUUCAUACAAUGAGACUGAUCACUGAAUCAGUUGGCAGGCAAGUAAUAUGGCUGAGCUGCAACAAAUGGUGCUGCUUGCAGCUUGUCUACAGUGUGGUUCAACAACACUGAACUACGUCAUACUUUUCCUCAGACUGAAUUUGCAAUCUGUCCCAUCAUGUGAAGAAAGCAUUAACUGCCGCGUCAUGUGCCAUGCUUUUCCAUUGCCUUCUGCACCCACUAUCGCGCAGCAAACAACAUAGAGGGGUCAAGCGCGACAUGGCCUCAGAGAUGCUGCACAGGCUCCAAGUCUGUGAGACAAGGCACGACCAUCCUUCAUUAUCUGCUCCGUGGCGACAAGUGUGACAAAGUUUUUUAAAAAGAGGGUGCUGUGUUUGGAAAUCAUGAUUUGUGUGACCAACCUUUGUUUUCUCCUGUGGGGCAGUACAUGCGACUGAAUUAGCCCAGGAGUGGUAUUCUUGGGCAAUCACUUUCUGGGACAUGCUCACUUUCUCAAUAUUUUGCGUGACUAGUUUGGACACUGAACACAUUGUGCCAAGACGGCAUGCUUGGUGUUGUGUCGGGAAUGCUGUUGCUCAUAGGCACCAAAUCAUUCGGCAGUGAAAGUAUCCCCAAAAGUGAUAAUCUGAGACUGCCAUUCUGCUUGGCGUAACCAGUGGCAGAAAAGAGUUUUCUUUUCCCGGGGCUCUUAGGCUGGUUUUGACAGCUGGCAGUAAUUUAGUAGCAUUGGCCAGUAUACCAUCUGUGUGUCAUCUGGCACUGUAACAUACUCUUCAGCAGUAGUUCCAACUGAUAGUUCCUUGUGAGACGGCAUACAACAGGGCGAGCAGCAUCGUAUGUGUGUGAUGUUUAAGCACUACAGAAGAUGUGCCAUACAAAUUAGCAAUGGAAAUACUGGUCAAGUGGCAAAGUGGACUUGCUCUCUUUAGCCAUGCCAUUCUCAUUGCUAAAAUGUGGGCUGUACAUAACAUUUUUAUAGGCUCCAAAGGAUUACAACCUCCUGUGCAGCACGGCUUAAAAGCUACAUACCACAGUUCACUGUUUGUAGCAAAUGGAUGACCAUUUUAAUAGUCUUAUCACAACAAAUGAUUUUUAUUCUCGCAUGUCACAAAAACAUUAAUUUCAAAAUAUUUCAGCAAUGUUUUUCAUGAGGAGUUUCAUUAGAUGUUCGGCUGAACAAGCCAUCACAGUUUCUUGAAAAAGUUUGUUGAAGUUACAAGUGUGCUCUGCCUCGUGCAAAAGGGCAAUAAAAAGCUUUUUGAAACAAA